AUGCCAACCACAAAACAGCCAUCGGUGCUGGUACGAAAUGGAAGCGAUGGAAACCCGGAAACGCAAAUUCUAUUUCUGAAUCAAUGCCGAAGAGUUUUUAUUCAACGCGAUUAUUCAAAAGGGCUCGAUGUUCGGUUUGAGACUGAGUUUCCGCCAAGAUUCACAGGAAUGAUACCUCGAGAUGUUUGGGAAAACACGAUUCAUAGGAUAAAUAAAAUAUUUGAAGAUGCAGAGGCGAUAAAUGCACGAACGAUAUUCGAAACAGUCCUUGGAUGCGUUACUUGUUAUUGUUCAAGGCUUGUAUCAACAUCGAUAUUUGAUAAAAAACUAAUCGAAUUAAAGGAGUUUUUGAAACGAGAAAACUCUGAAAUAUAUCACAAAGCCGGGUUGCAUAUUAUGAACCCUAUGGAACGGGGACUUAGAGUUAUAGAAAUUUCUAUAUUAAACACAAUCGAAGAACCUCCAACACGUCCCGACGGAAAUAGUUUAUCAGUGAACGUUCAUGGCUACAAUUCGCCGGUAUUGUUCGGUCUGAAUUUCGAUUUUCUCAAUGAGCCGAAUGACGACGAGCUCGAGACGAACAAAUGCAGAAAAACUGAAGUAAGUGAAAGAUUUGAAAACGGAAACGAGCAACUCCUUCAUUAA